AUGCUAGAUAGCUCACAAAAGAGUCACAGCGAACGCAGCAGUGCCCUCUCUUCUUACGGGCAGAUGGGACAGGGUGGUUUUGCAGCAGGGGAGGCUAGAGGACUGGGCGCCUGGCAGGCCUCUAGGAAUGCCAGGGGCGAGAUCCGAUGGGGGCCAGAUUGCAAGGAAGGUGUGGGAGCUGGGCUGCCUCCAGAGGGGAGGGGGGGGGGGGAAGCGAGGGUGGCCACCGCAGGGUCCCUGCUGGGCUGCUGUUCCAGCUCUUCUGGCACUGCCCCGGAAGGGCUGCUGUUCAUCUCCACCCUGGACGGCCACCUCCACGCCGUGAGUGAGAGGACUGGGGACAUCCAGUGGACCCUGACAGAUGCACCGACUCUGCAGGUGCCCGUGGACGUGACCGAGCCAGCCUUCCUGCCAGACCCCAGCGACGGCAGCCUGUAUGUCCUGGGGGGCAAGAACAAAGAAGGCCUGAUGAAACUGCCUUUCACCAUUCCGGAGCUGGUGCAGUCCUCUCCCUGCCGGAGUUCCGACGGGAUUCUCUACACAGGCAAGAAGGAGGAUACCUGGUUUGUGGUGGACCCAGCGUCAGGACAGAAGCGGACCACGCUGUCAACCGAGGCCUGGGACGGGCCGCACCCCUCAGCACCCUUGCUCUAUAUCGGACGCACCGAGUACGUCAUCACCAUGUACGACACUAAGACCCGUGACCUGCGCUGGAACGGCACCUACCUGGACUACUCCGCUGUGCUCUACGAUCGGAAAGAUGGAUACGGGAUGGCUCACUUGGCUUCCAGUGGAGAGGGGCUGCUGGUGACCGUGGCCCAGGCCAGUGGGGAGCUGCUGUGGAUGCAGGACUACGGGUCGCCCGUGGUGGGGGUCUACACCUGGCACCAGGACAGCCUGCGGCGCGUGCCCCACCUCAACAUCGGCACGGAGAGCCUGCGCUACCUGGCCUUGCGCUCCCGGGACAUCCGGCUCCUCAACUGGAACUAUCGGUCCACCAAGGAAUUUGCCGCCAAGUCGCAGCUGCUGCCAACGCUCUACGUGGGCAGAGACGCCACGUGCCUCUAUGCCUUGACGUCCCUGGUGCACACAGGAGUGGCGCUAGUGCCUCAGGGAGUGACACUGGCCCGGAUCAGCGGCCCCACCACCGAGGAGGUCACGCUCCAAAAGUCCGGCGAGUGCGAAAUCACGCCCAGCACAGACGUCAGGUACCCGACGGGCAGCGUCACCAUCCCCCCCAGCCAGUGGCUGCUCAUCGGCCACCACGAGCUGCCCCCAGUGGUCCACACGACCAUGCUGAGGGCUUUUCCUGAGACCCUGCGGAAGCCCCCUGAGGCCGCGCUGAGCCCCACAUCCCCCUCCAAGACACUCUUCGAUGAAUUUCUGAUGGAGGGUGGCCUGGAGGACGGAGCGGAUGGAAGCCAAGACCCUGGGGAGCUGUUGCUGGAGCCGACGGAGGCUGACCCGCCGUUUGGUCUGUGGGAGCUGGUGGGGCCUGGAGUCACCACGGUGCUUCUGGGCGGCGGGAUCCUCUUCCUCAUGCUCUGGCAAAUGCAGCGGCAGAACCGAGACCAGCAGCGGCACCUGGAGCAGCAACUGGCCGAGCUCUUGCAGCACCGGGGGGCCCUGGGGGUGUCGCCUCCCAGCCACAGCCCAGCGGGGGGCCCUGGCGCUUCAGCAGAGGCGGCCCAGGGAGGUUCUUUGCAGCCGGAGCAGAGGGGAACAGCCCCCGCUUCCGCCCAGGGGGAGUCCAGCCACAGCACUGCCCCAGCAGCGGCUGACCCCGAAACCUUCGUUGUGGGGAAGAUCUCCUUCAACCCCAGGGAUGUGGUGGGCCGUGGGGCUGGGGGCACGUGCGUCUUCAGGGGCCACUUUGACGGGCGUCGGGUGGCGGUGAAGCGUCUGCUGCCGGAGAACACCCACCUGGUGGACCGUGAGGUCCAGCUGCUGCGUGAGUCGGAUGAGCAUCCCAACGUGGUGCGCUACUUUUGCACGGAGAAGGACCGGCAGUUCCACUACAUCGCCCUGGAGCUGUGUGCCGCGACACUGCAGGAGUACGUGGAGCGCCCCACCCUCGGCGACCAGGUCCUGGGCUCUGUCUCCGUGCUGCAGCAAACCAUGUCCGGCUUGGCUCAUUUGCACUCCCUGGGCAUAGUCCACCGGGACUUGAAGCCCUGCAACAUCCUCAUCUCGGCCCCCGACGUCCAUGGCCGGAUCCGCGCCGUCAUCUCGGACUUCGGCCUGUGCAAGAAGCUGCAAGCCGGCCGCUGCAGCUUCAGCCUGCGCUCUGGCAUCCCGGGCACCGAGGGGUGGAUUGCGCCCGAGGUGCUCCGAGAGGCCCCCCAAGAGAACCCGACCUCUGCGGUGGACAUCUUCUCAGCCGGCUGCGUCUCCUACUACGUCGUGUCUGGCGGGCAGCAUCCCUUUGGAGACCGCUUGCAUCGCCAGGCCAACAUCCUAGCCGGGGCCUACCAGCUGGAGCACCUUCAGCCAGAGACUCACGACAACGUGGUCGCCCGGCAGUUGAUACAAGCCAUGAUCAACGGCGACCCCCGCAGGCGGCCCUCGGCGGACCAGGUCCUGUGCCACCCCUUCUUCUGGAGCCCGGAGAAGCAGCUGCAGUUCCUCCAGGACGUCAGCGACCGCUUGGAGAAGGAGCCGGUGGACGGGCCCCUCCUCAGUGCCCUGGAGGCUGGAGGACAGGGGGUGGUGAGGGGCAACUGGCGGGCCCACAUCUCCAUCCCACUGCAGACAGAUCUCAGGAAGUUCCGGGCGUACAAAGGCAGCUCUGUGCGGGACCUCCUGAGGGCCAUGAGGAAUAAGAAGCAUCAUUACCGUGAACUGCCCCAAGACGUCCAGGAGACCCUCGGCGGGGUCCCGCACGAGUUUGUCCAAUAUUUCACCUCUCGCUUCCCCCACCUCCUCCUGCACACCCACCGCGCCAUGCGCUCCUGUGCCGGCGAGAGCCUCUUCCGGCGGUAUUACUGCUAG